GAUUUCAUAACGUGGUGAGGAAGAGAGGAAUGGGUCUCUGAGAUAUCAGCUCAUCCAUCCAUCCAUCCAUCCAUCCAUCGGUGGGCCCUGUGCAGAGCAGCAGAGCGCAGAAACCUUCCCUGCUGUCCGCCGGUGCCAUGCAGACGCUGCGCUAGAGGAGAUGCGCCAUAGCGGAGGCUGCUGAUGCUGCUGAUCUUUGCGUCUUGAGCAUCAUCGCCGCGACGGCUAAAGAGAGAGAGAGCAGGCGGAGGGGGAGUCAGGAACACGGCAGACAGGACAGCAGAGGAUGGAGUUCAAGCAUCUGGUGGAGGCGGCGGAGAAGUGGUGCUCCGGGAACCCGUUCGACCUGAUCUUCGCCGAGGAAAACGACGAGAGGAGGCUGGACUUCUACGCAGAGCCCGGGGUGUCUUUCUAUGUGCUGUGUCCCGGCGGCACCGACAGCUUUCAUGUUUGGAGCGAGAGCGAGGACUGCCUUCCCUUUCUGCAGCUGGCCCAGGACUACAUUUCCUCUUGCGGGAAGAAGACUCUGCUGGAGGUGUUGGAGAAAGUCUUUACGUCCUUCAGGCCUCUGCUAGGUCUUCCAGACAUUGAAGAUGACAGCUUUGAGCACUACCACGCUGACAUGGAGGGGGAGCCUGGGCCCGACCACCAGCAGAUGGGGGUCAGCCAGCAGUGAUGAUCCAAGCAGAGGACGCCCCAAAAACCUGCUCCAGAAGACUUGGGCCUUGAUACCUUAGCUCACCUAACAGCACACACUCUUGCAAACCUAUAGUAGACAUGCUGAAAUAUCACCACCUUGUUCUUGAAUGUUUCAGUGGCUUUGCUUUCCAAAGAGUGCACUUUGUUGACCUUCCCCUUCCUUUUAUCAGAGAAACACAUAAAAGAUUGUAUUUCUAAAUAUAUUAGGAUUUUUUGUUUGUUCUAGUAAUUCCAUAUACGCCUCGCCAACAUCACCAACCCAAACCAUUACCAGUAUACUCUUAAAGCUAAGCUUAACCACAGCUUAACUGAACCAUAACACUAAGCCUAACCCCUAAAACAGUGUCCACCAUGUUAGAACUGGUUUUUAUCCCUAACAAGGUCUUAAAAAUUCUCUAGAAUAUAUCAGAAAAUAGGUGAUCUAGACAGGUACACACAAAUACAAACAUGCUCUACUGAUACUUCAGAGCUAGGUGAGCUGUAGUGAUAUUUAAGGCCAUAACAGGCGUCAUAAUCAUUCACCUUCCAGUGAGUUAAAGUUCGACAGCACAGCAAUAUUACAUCGGAUAUGCAGAAAAACAACAGAAUGUUACGGCAAUAUGCAAACGUCCUCCCCGUGGUGAUGAAUGUGACAGAUGGUUACUUUUUUCUGCCCGUCUGACAUAAGUGAUGCACACGUAAACAACGAAAAAAUGUAAAGUGACAGUUUGGGGCAACACGGAGCAGCUGAAAGUAAAAGUCAAGCAGGUGCAGGAAAGAGAAGGGGGAAGUUAGUUGUGGCACAAAUUCACCCGAGCAACGUCUAACAUACUGCAGUUAUAUCGGUUAUAGUGAUUCCCUCAGUGCAACCAACUGUGUGGUCUAGAAACUCUGAAGUUUUUUUUUUUUUUUUUUAGAGGCAUGGAUCAUUUAAAAGUGUUUGUUAAUGUUCGUAAAGCUGUGCAUCGAGCAUUAGUUAAAACCCACCCCCAUGAGGAUCAUUGAACCGCUGUUGCUAUCUUAUGACCGUCACAAUAAUAGCCCGUGCUGCAGCUUUAAUCCUUCCUUAUUUGGGUGUCUCAUCACCAUGUGACACCCCGCCUCUUGAAUGUUGUAGUCUUCCUUCCGGUCCGAGGCGUGCUGCUCUUCCUUGGCAACACCUGAGGAGAUACCUUUGUAAAAAUUUGCCAAAAUCCCUCUUUUCAUGAAAGGUUUUGAAUCUAUUGUCUCAUUUAAGGGUUUGUCUUAGUCAUAUGUUAGCAAAGGACACCUUCGCCACCCUUGGAGUACAUGGGAGGAAUGGGGAACUGGAUGCUGUUGACCUCCCUGUUUACCUAGAGGCCAAAAAAAAUGUGAUUUUUAUCUGUCUUCAAUCUGGCUCCUGGGUUAGAGGUAGUUUGCUGCCCUACCCACAUGUAUUAGAUACACAACAUCCUGUAUGUAAGGAGCAAAGAAUUGAUGAUUUUAUAAUAUGGGCUUAAACUUAAAAAAAUACAGUUCAUAAAUCACACAUUCCUGAAAGAAAAAAAUAAGCUUUCGUGAAGCAAAGGUCUUAAAGGUCCCUGAGCUUAAUAAUUUGCUUCUUAAGUCCGACCUGGGUCGAUUAAAUGUUUCUACACUGGCUGCUAGAGGGAAAAUGCUGUAUAUCUAAUGCAUCAACAAUGUGCAAACAUGCUCUUUCAUCACAUCAUUUCUGUAGCUAAGAUGCAUGAAAACUCCUGUUUUGUUUCUCUGUUUUUCUCUGCUGCCUCUGGCCCUCCACAGUUAAACCUUCCAUUUGAAUCCCACCCAAUGCACUGCAAGGCUUCCUAUUGCUUUCUACAACUAGGUCAAGAUAAAGCACGAACUGCUCCUCUGCCAAGUUACUUUGGCUUGUAAAUGUUUUGUUAUUUUGUUUUAAUAUAAUUUGCCUGUCUGUUCUUUGUUUUUUUCAUGCAGUGUAUCCUCUGUUUGUCCUCUGACAUGUGUGACAUCGGUCAAUAAAUGGC